UACAUGAAAAAUUAGGCCUCUAAAGCCACGUGCGUUCUUUCAGGGAUUAGUAUCAUCCACAUGGCUAAGUAACACUUCAGCGUCCGCUUUGAAUGCUGAAGUCCCUUCAGUUACAUGAAAGUAAGAAGCAAACACUUUCCUUUACAUGGAUUCAGUAUGCUGAUUAUGUAAAUUGAUUCACGACACAAAGGAAAUCUAGUAAUGCAGACAUUUUAAGAAAAAUGGAACACCGUUGCAACGUAAAGACACCGGACAAAAAGGAUUUUUUUACAUUGAACAGUAUGCGGGAGAACAGGAGUGCCGUACAAUAGGAAGCCCUGGUCAUACAUUUUAAUGGAAUUUAAUAGUGCAACAAGCCCUUGACCUUUCUUACUAAAUAAGAGUUGAUCUUAUUAUUCUCAAGUCACUCUACUAAGACGUUGUGCGGAGAAAACAAGGAAAGGGAAGCCCAGUGCCCGGCGCAGAAUUUGACAAGUAGAGUAGCAAACAACGCAGAAAGUUAUCUUCAAAGGACGAGGUUGUUAAUAUAAAGAGACCACUGCACUAUAAGGACUUACUGAAGAGCUCCCACCACCGUGAUGGUGAAACGUAAAACAUGAGCAACAUGAAAGUAACAGGGAGCCCUCCUCUUCGGUUAAACAAAGUGGUCAUUAGCUACUUACCAAAUACUCAAUUCAAAGAUUAUUCUAGAAAAAAGUCACCGGAAAAACUGUCAGUUGGAAAUCCGAGGACAAGUCCCUCCGCUCUUCCUGAUAUUGCCAAACACCACUCUGUGGAACACGAAAUAGUGCGCUUAGAUCUCCUCAGCGGGAGAGGGCGGGACAAGGAGCGAAGACCAUCUCUGGUCUCUAAUCAAAGCGCAAGUUGUCCAGAUUUGAACAAGCAGGGAGAACAUGACACUUUAAUAUACGACAAGGAGCAGAUUUCACCUAGGUCAUUACAUAGAAAACUUGUUCCUAGGAAAUCAGAGAGCGGUCUAGACCAUGUAAUGCCAGAGCAGACACACUUUGUUCCAUCGCCCCCUAAGAGCGCGGCGGCUACCCACAACGCAAAAAACAAUCGACAGAAUAACAGCUACAAAUUUUCCCAAGCAGAUCGAAAAAUCCGUGGCUCUAGUGGUUCAUUAGUGUCCUUAAGAGGUCAUGCGGAGCUUUCUAAAACUCAGUCUGAUGGAUUUUUCAGAUCCAGAGCUCACACUGUUGAUGCAUCAACGUAUUACCCAAGGCCCAGGUAUAAACUGCGGGAACAGCAGUCGUCGUUCGCAACACCACCGUUAUCAAGAAGGAAGGGAUACGUUUUACGUGUAGAUUCACACGAUAAAAUAGAUGUAUCUAGCAAUAUCAAAGAAUUGGCUUUACACAGAGAUGAAUCACACACCACUGACGUUACUUCUUCGGAUCUAGUCCACUUCUCUAGCAAGGUGUCUACUAUAUCGAAUUCUUCCUAUGGCCCCCGCCAGACUCAACAAACAAGGGGGACAGAGGAGGAGGAAAAUGAUAAAGAAAAAGAUGACGAUGACGAAGAAGAAGUAGGACCGAGUCCACAAAUUGUUGUCAAAUGUCAGAAUUGGCUGAAGGGAUUGGAAAAAGCUAACCAAGAGAAGUGCCUGGAUGACAUAGCUUGUAUCACAUACAGCCAUGUGUAAUUUGUUGUAACACAUUUUAGGGUGUUUACCUGAUGUUGAUAAGGUAUUUUGACAGUUAGUGUUUUAAAAAAAUUGAUUUUAGAUACGGGGUUUUGUAGCAACCAAAAUAGUCAGUGGCGAUUAUUCUUGAAGCUUUAAUUAAAAUCGUGCGAGGUGCACCUGGCUUUGAAGAUAAUCAGUCAUUAUUUAAGUGAGACAGUGCUGUGCACCUGACUUUAUUACGGCUGUCGAAAGUGGUGGAAGAUAUGGAACUUGUUUUUCUACUGCCUGUAGUCUUAAAUUUUGACGAAGCCAGAGUGUCACUAUGUACAUUUUUGGAGAAAGCAACCAAAACCUCGUAGAUUUUAAAGUUCAGACGGUGACUCACUUAUAAAUCACACCACGUUCCAUUUGCGUCUAAAAAACGGGACCGAUCUGUUGUAAGUCGGUUAGUGGGUUGUAGUUGCCAUAGUUACUUCGAAAUUGAGGGUGGUAAAUAUAGUGUUGUCGUUAAUAUCCGUUUGUUGGUGGCUCAUGUAUGUCAUCUACGAAAUUGAUAAGCUAAACUUAUUUAAUUGAAAAACAACAUUAAAAACUAAUAGUCUGAUAUUAAACUGAAUGACGAUUAACUAAUUUAUUUUAAUUAACCUACUUAACCUCCCCUCAAAACUAACCACUGUUAAUGUUUAAAAUGGAAUAGUUUGAAUAAAAUGCACACUGCAACUGUAAAUCAACCAGUGGUUUAGUUACUGUAUUUGUGUAGGUUGUUAGUAGUUUUACUCGAUGCACUAUAGGCAUAUUUUAAAAUAGAAAUCUACCGCAUGAGGUGAGGUGAGGGUACAGGUUACGUAUUAAAUAUUUGACCAGAGCUCUAACGUACUGCGGCAAAGUCAAUAUUGUGGUCCGUAAAAGAUCAUGCGUUAUAUGUGAGACUGCUUGGAAAUCAAACAGUGUCGCGUCACCACUAAUAUUCAUUUGGUAUUAUUUAUUUGUUCUUGUUCGAUUUACAGACUACCAGUUGUUACAAUGAGGGCAAAAUAACAACUGAAGCAGGUUUGAGAAUAUUCUAUCUGUACACCAAAAGCUCAGUUUUCAAAGCUUAAAGAGACACUAAACCAAUGUGAUAUCGGUCUUGAAUCUUCAUUCCCUAUUGGAUUCAUUGAAUGAGUUUUGAGUUGCACUGAAUAAGAAUCAAUAGGUUUUAUCCAGGAUUGUGCGGUUUGAAGUUUGCACUAAAUAUUUAAAAUCCAUUCCGCUUUUAUGUAUCGAUCGCAUCGCAAGAACAAUAACUUAUGUUAGCUAGACAUAAACUUAAAUGAUUACAAAUAUGUUAGAAAAUAUAACGGAAAUUAAUAUAAAAUCCGAGUUGCGUUCAAUGUAUAAAGAAUAUUUCAUCAUCGAUUUCAUAACGACGUGGUAGA